AGCUGUGGAGCGAGGUAAACAAACUGGGAGGAGUGAGCACAGGCAGCAGCAGGGACUUUUCAGGCUUUGGGUGGAAAUUUUAUAUUAAUUUUUAUACCAUUUGUAACUGUUUUUCCUGAAUACUUUGAAUACUUUGCCACACUCGUUUUUCGAUUUUUGAAACGGCUGAAAACCUGAAUCACUACCUGUGUUGCAUAUUAAAACUGGGCUGAUUUUUUUCGACAGGGCUUUUAAUUACAGAGCCAGCAAACAAAAUAGCUGACAAGACAUUCAUGAAGUAACGUUUUGUGUUAUACUCAACGAGGAACAAUUAUUCCGAUUUUGGAUCGUGAACCGCAAUACUACCUGUCUUUGAAAUAGUAUCAGAAGUUGUAGAAACGUUUAGCUAACGUUCGCUAGCUCCAGCAGAAUGACGGCAGUGCAGUUGAUGAACAUCCAGAGGUUGUUGGAAGCGGCAGAAUAUCUUGAUAGAAAGGAGAGAGAGUGUGAACACGGAUAUGCAUCGACGUUUCCGUCGUCAAUUCAGAACACGAACUACCAGAGGCAAAAUAAAUUUCGAAACAAGAAGUUCCACAAUAACCAUAACAGGUCUACACAUAAUGAGUUGGAGAAGAAUAGGAGAGCCCACCUGCGUCUGUGUUUGGAGAGGUUGAAGGCCCUCAUCCCUCUGGGAAAAGACUGUAACCGUCACACUACCCUGGGGCUGCUCAACAAAGCCAAAUCACAUAUUAAGAAACUUGAAGAGGCGGACCGUAAGAGCCGUAACCAGCUGGACAGUCUGGAGAGGGAGCAGAGGCACCUCCAGCGCCAGUUGGACCUGCUGCAGGGGGGCACCGGGGCCGGGGUAGGAGGCACCGGGCCGGGGGAGGGAGAGAGGAUACGCAUGGACAGCGUGGGCUCCACCCUCUGCUCCUCCGAGCGCUCCGACUCGGACCAAGAGGAGAUUGAGGUGGACGUGGAGUCUACAGAGUUCUCGGAGCACGGGGAACUGGACUCGGUUUCUACGGCCUCCACCAGCGAUCUAGAUGACCACAGCAGCCUUCAGAGUCUAGCCAGCGACGAGGGCUACUCCAGCUGCAGCAUCCUCAAACUCUCCUCAGCCUUCUCCGGAUCCUCCUCAUAGGAGAUGGCUGUUGGGUGUAGACUCCUCCCCCCACCUCGGGGGGGGCUAAACCAACAUCCAAAGACCAACCAUCUGAACCUGGCCAGCGACGAAGGUUACGAGGGCGAACGUUAAUCCAGCGUCCUCGUCAAACUCAGCGCCUUCUCUGACCGGCCGAUUAGAGUUGUCUCCAGCCCCAGCUCCAACCUGCAAAAACCUUGGCCUCCCACCUCCAUCCACCGACCCUGUUGUGUAUCGUCAUGUCACCCAUCUACAUGUAUCAUCGCCGACUACUCCGUCGCCAUGGCAUCCCUCAAGUGACGCCCUGACAUCCUUCUAACUUCCUGUCUGUAACCCCUGUCUGUAACAUCGCACCAUCCGUCGCUCUGCUCCAAUUCGCUGCUGAACCUCAACCCCCAGUCCGAGUAGAACCCCCCCCCGGAACCCCUCAACCCCCCCUCCGUCCCAAGCAGAAGGUCCAACCCCCCGCAUCGUCCCGAUAACAGGUACAUGAAGAACAGAGAUUGAUCCAAACACAGAACCAACCAACCUUUAUUUUGAGAAUCUGAAUAAGAGCAAUGGUUUUAGAAGAGAUUUGAACUUGAGUGGCUUUAUGAAUGAUUGAAGAUGAAAAAGUAUGUAUUUUUAUGAAUGUGCUGGGAUCAGCAUUAUCUUGGUUUUAUUGCAGACAUAAUCGAAGGGAAUAGACCACUUUUUAAAUCAAACAAUUGAUUAAGUUAUUUUAGAAACAAACAAAAAAACAACCCCAUAUUUUAGCAUCAGAAAUGCACUUACAUUUCUAAUAUAUAUUAGAAUAUUUUAUGAGUUUUAAAACCCUGUUUGGUUCUAUGUGUUUGAGUGUUUGUUCUGGUCUUGUGUCCAAAGUCAAGUCAAUGUUCUGCUGGACUUAAAAACAAAUUUGGGAACAAGUGGUAAUUUGGACACAGACUCUGUGGAAUGUCAAGAAGUCUACUUGCCAUAUCAACACAUUUUGUCCCUUGAACGACCACAGCACUGCAUCCAGCAGACACUUGAAAUGGUGCUACCUGAAACAGCAACAACAAACCCAUCAACAACGCAGCUCAAACGCUUUUACAACCAACGAUCCUUGUCUGCCGUGUCAUACAGGACGUUUCCAUCCAAACGAAUGGAGGAGAAAAAAAACAUGCAUUAUAUGCAUUCCCAUGGAACGUGGGUGGUGCUUGGUGUGGAAAUCAAUCUUCAAAUGUGUUUUUACAACAACGCAGCUACCACAACAAGCUAUCCUGCACCUGCCUACCUUAUGGCUGUCCAUAGAAACAAAUCGGCACAAUUUAAAUAGAAAGAAUACCAAGGAACUUUGGACUAUAGAGACAACAUCAUCCUUUCUCUCUAUCCAGCAGUAACAAGCAAUAACUAUUUCUAGUUGUCUUUUGUUUUUUUACCAUUUGAGCUCCUCCUGUUUUUCCCCCUCUCUUUUCCAAGGCAACAGACCUGUGGCCGUCCAAAAAAAGCUCAUUCAACUUGCUUUGUUUUUUGUUGUUGUACAUAAUUAGAUAGCUUACAAAUAGCUUAAUAAAUUAACAAUGAAAAAAGGAGUGUAAAAAAAACUUAUGGAUAGAAAAAACCUAUUGCCUCUGUUGCUGUUUUUGACCUUGUGUUUUUGUGCAUUUUAAAUUAUAUUUUUGAAAAGAUUUAUUCUACUUCUCUCAGAGUGUGACUGGCAAGCGGUCAGUCAGUCGUCCACGUGGCAUGAAUUGGACAGUAUUGCUUUGUUCAUUUUGCUGGUUGAAACGUUCAAAAGUUACCAUUCUGUAGCUGUCCCCCAUCAACCCCAAGAGAAGUUCCACUUCAUAGUACUUAACUUAAAGUUCAAGACACAACAACAAGAGAACAACAACUAUAUGGCUGUAAUACAAAAUGGCCGCCACCCAGGACAUCUUCUGUUCAUAAAUACAGAGUUUGUGUGGCACUCUUAUUUAUUCAAAUUUCUUUGUUUUUUACUUUUAUUUUGAAACCUCCUAUAUGGCAUUCCACUGGUGGUAUCUGGUGAGCUGUGGGGGAACUCGAGUCUGAAGUGACAACACCAAGGUGUAUGAUGAUGUCAUUGACUGUGUGUGUACAUCCUUAGCCCUUGUUACUGAAGCGAUCCCAACUUGCACUUUGAAAAGUCUUGUUUUCCACUGGUAUUCACGUAUCUCUUUAUAUGAAAGAACAAUCCCACCCUGACCCUUGACUUUUUGAAGUUUAUAUAUUUAUUAGCCUAUUUCUCCAUCCCUCACAGAACCAACACAGAACGGGGAAAAAAAUGAAAAAAGUUAACUUAUUUGGUUUCUGUCUUAUCUUAUUAUUUUCCUCCCUAUUUUUUUAUGAUUUUAUCCCUUAUUUUAAGAUUUUAUGUUUAAAAGUGAAACAAUGUCUUUUUCCCAAAUGGCACCCUAUUCCCUACACAGUGCACUACUUUUGACCAGACUCUGUCAAAAGUAGAGCACUAAGUAGAGAAUAGGGUGCCAUUUGGGAAACAGACAAUGGUGAAUCGUAGUGAAGUCAGUCAGGAUAACAGUCUAAUGUUGUUUUGUUAGACGGACAUUUGAAAUGUAAUCAGCCCCCAAGCUGCUCCCAGUACUGAGCCUCUUAGCAUCCACGGUCCAGUUCAAACUGACCCCAAGCUGCUCCCAGUACUGAGCCUCUUAGCAUCCACGGUCCAGUUCAAACUGACCCCAAGCUGCUCCCAGUACUGAGCCUCUUAGCAUCCACGGUCCAGUUCAAACUGACCCCAAGCUGUAUGGUCAUUUCUUCUCCGAGAGGCUGGGUGGAGUUUUUGUCGUAACAGUUUACACCUAUCCAAUAAUCCUAGAAUUUGCUAGGAGGGGAUGGGGGUGUAGGGUCAAGGGGUUGAUUUUGGACUCAGCCUACAAUAGCCAAGUCUAAUUGGCAAAUACUGAGCCAGCUACUAUACAAAAUGGGGGCUAACUAACUAACUCCACACUCCUCUAGUAGGAAGACAAGUAGUAGGCUUUACUAGAUGAUGUUUUAGUCAACAAAAUGUGUCUUACAUUUACAAAACGUCUCAGAUGAAUAUUAUUGAGAACAAAAGCCUAUGGUUUCAACGAAGGACAUCAUUCAUGGUGUAAAGUUAGAGUGUAAUCUUGCGGGAUUUCAUGAUCUCCUCAAAUUUUGAUGGUUCACUGACGAUGGUGCUUUCUCGAUAUAAACAAAUAAGCCAAACAACCUCAGAACACCAACAGUGUCCUCUUCUCUUUCACAGGGGGCAGAUUACUUCACUCUCCUUCAUUUACACUUUUAUCAUCUAGCGCUUUUUGUUUGUCGUUUUUUGAACCUGCACUAUGAGAAAAAAAGGGCCCAUAUUUAAUGAAAAACUGUGUUUUUCCCCAAUACCCUCUCUCUUUUGUGUGUGUUGUCUGGUGUCCUUAGUGCGGCCAUAUAAGUGAUACCUGCUUUUGCCUCUGUAUGGCUAGCAGUAUGUUGUUAUAUCCAGAUUUGGGGUCUAUUCUAACUCAAUUCCUAUCUGUUGAGUUCAAGAUGGGAAUUUCUUACCUGGUAUCCAAACUGAAUUCACAUUCCAUUUUGCGGAUGGAAUUUAGAUGGAAUUGACCUCCACCCUGAAUAAUGUCACUCCAGUGUACUAGGUAUUGGUCUUAUAGACAACGACUCGAAGGGGGGGAACGAAUAGCCUGGGACCCAGAUCUGUUUGUGCUGUCUUUCCAACUCCUAUGGUCAUUCUGGUCAAGACAGCACAUACAGAUCUGGGAACCAGGUUAAGGCAGAAUGAAUGGGUCAUAGUAGAUACAGCUAUUCCCACCUCCAAACAGGACAGACCUAGCCUGGGUUAAAUUAGGCUGAAUGCUGUGAUACGAGUUAGCGUAGCAUUCAGUCUGGUUUAACCAGGCUAUAGGAGAGACUAUAGUCCCCUUGUUGUUCAGAUGAACUCUGUGGCCAUCAAUCCUUUGUAGAACAUGCUGUCUGAUGAUGAUGAUUCUCGCUGUGUAAGUUUGAAAAUGCAAUACUUACAAUAAAACCUCCAAGAUUUUCAAACCGGAA